AUGGCGAAAUAUAUAACCGCACGCGAGUUGCGCCAGCAUUGGAUAACCCAACGUGAAAUUGCUCUCCUCGACGUCCGCGAAGAAGGCCCCUAUUCCGAGUCCCACCCUCUAUUCGCACUAAGUGUGCCAGUCUCAGAGAUCGAGAAGAAGUUGCCUCCGUUGGUUCCUCGACUGUCGGCUCCGAUUGUUGUCUACGACGACGGCGAAGGUUAUGCAGAUCGUGCUACCACCCGGAUAUCAGCCCUUGGGUAUCGGGACGUUGCCAUCUUGAAAGGCGGGCUUUCUGGCUACGCGCUCGUGGGUGAGGUAUAUCGCGAUGUCAAUGUGCCAUCUAAGGCGUUUGGCGAGCUCGUCGAAUCCAUUAAUCACACCCCAUCCUUAUCUGCGCGAGAUGUGAAGGAUGUUCUGGCGAGCGAAGCUGAUGUGGUUGUAUUGGAUGCUAGACGUUUUGUGGAGUAUAAUACCAUGAGUAUCCCCCAUGGCCGCAGCUGUCCCGGGGGUGAACUUUUGUAUCGCUUUUUUGAGGCUGUUCCCUCUCCGGACACCACAGUCAUCGUCAACUGUGCAGGUCGAACGCGCAGUAUUGUUGGAACUCAAUCUUUGAUCAAUUCUGGGAUCCCGAAUAAGGUGGUCGCGCUCCGAAAUGGGACGAUCGGGUGGACAUUGGAGGGUCUGGAAUUGGAGACCAAAAAGACGGAACGGGUCCCAAGUCCUUCGGUCGAGGCAUCGCAAAAGGCACGGCAAUAUGCUGAAUCCUGGGCGAAUCACGUCGGGGUCUCUUUUAUUGAUGGCAAUCAGCUCACUCGAUUUACCGCGGAGUUGGAAGAUCGCACUUUGUACCUGCUGGACGUGAGAGACCCGGAAGAGUACGCCCUUGGACACCCGAUCGGCUUCUCCAAUGCCCCUGGUGGUCAAUUGGUACAAGCCACCGACGAAUGGAUUGGCGUUCGAGGAGGUCGCAUUGUUCUAUACGACACGGAUGGUGUGCGAGCGCGCACGACAGCCAGCUGGCUCGUACAACUCGGAUGGGAGGUGCAUGUCUUUGAAGAACAAUCCCAAGUACCAGAUGGGCUUCCAUGGCCUGAAGUACCUUUGUGGAAUCCUUCAAAGAAUGGCGCUAUCACAAUCAAUGACCUUCAAAAUCUCGCAGGAGCCACUGUCAUCGACCUUGCCCGCAGUCCGACCUACCACAAGGGCCACAUUCCGGGGGCAUGGUUUGCUUCUGGACCGGAAAUUGCCCGAGAUCUGAAAGUUAUAAACGGUGACGGCCCUAUCGUGCUAACCUCACCCGAUGGUGAUGUUGCCCUCAUGAAUAUCGAAGACGCACGGAACUCCGUCUCCAGAGAAGUUUUCUAUUUGGCGGGAGGGACAAGUGCCUGGGUAGCUGCCGGCCAUCCCCUCGAGACCGAAGCACGGUGGAUUUCGCAGCCAAUUGACGUGUAUAAAAGGCCGUAUGAAGGAACAAGCAACGCCAGUAAGGAUAUGCAAGGGUAUCUUGACUGGGAAUAUGGGCUUGUCGCACAACUGGCAAACGAUGGGGUCGCUUGUUUCCACGUUGUGCGGGACUCGCGGGCCUCUAGCCUCUUGAACUGA